UCCAGACCUGUACGUAAGACCGCGGUUCCAAAAAUUUUCACGGUGCACACGCUAUUGUGUUUCGUUUCCUAGCUGCGGAACAUCCGUAGUCGGUGUUUUAGUAAUCCAAUGUUAGGAGUGCGGUCACUUUUAUAACCGGCGCGUGCGAUUUGCUGUUGCCGAAAAUAGACUGACUGGAAAAAAAGAAUGUUGCUACAGCGGGUGAGAUCUUUGUUUCGCGAAGUAACCUUGCUCAAGAAGGCAAGUGUGACAUCCAAGUCGUUCAGGUCGACGAUAACCACACCAUCCGGAGCGAUCUUGCCCGAGCCGAAGAGGACACCGUUCAGCUUCCUGGGCGUUGUCAGCAGCGUCGUGUUCGGCCUUCUGGUCGGUGCAACGAUCAGCAAGAACAUAGCUAACUUUUUAGAAGAAAACGAUCUCUUCGUUCCUGCCGAUGACGAUGACGACGACGACGAUGACUAAUGGAACGACUAGCAUUUUUUAUCUCGGUGUGAUUGUUGGAAAGUAUGCAACCGUUAGACGUGUUCCUAAAGAAUCAGAUGUCGCAGUGACAGACGAGCAGUUGCAUGAUGUCGAAUAACAAAGGGAGAGGAAUCUCUUCUUAUACAAUUUAGAAAAAUCUAUAUUUCUAUAAAAAGGAGAAUCCCCUUUAACAUUACGAUUCGAUGAUAAAAAUUUGUAUCACAAUUUAUCGAACAACGUGUAAUCAAAAAUGUGUAUAAUCACAUAUAUCAGAAAUACGAAGUUGCAGGAAAUAUAAGUAGAUACGCAGUCCAGUUUGUAUGAGAGUUUAUAAAUAUGUGUGCAUAAAUAAAUAAAUAAACCUCGUUGAAUAAAC